AUGGCCUUCUCAUGGUAUCCUGGAUCGUGUUCCAUUACAUACACCCACUCGGAAAACCCACUAACCCUCCAGACCAAGAAUGGACCGAAGCGURCUCUGCCUGAGAUGUGCAAAGACGUAAUCCCACCUUGCAAUCUCAAUCCUUUCGUCUCGGGCGGGCACAUGCAGACUGUGUGGACGUCAUUGAAGUACGAAGGCCYGCCAAUCCACUACAAGCGUCGAGUAUUCGAAUCCGAGGACGAGGAUUUUGCAGGCCACUUUACCGUCGAUUUCGUGACGGCAACUCCUCCAUCGGCUGGAAAAUCCGAGGUAGACGGUGGCCCCGAAGAUCAAGGCCUGAGAGAGGACCCCGUGGGUGUUGGCCACCAUUCCCUUCCGCCUCGGACGACCUACUUCACCGAUAAGGAGUUUGAGGCUCUACCAUCCGAAGAUACGAAGCCACUAUUAAUCACUCUUCAUGGCCUGAGCGGCGGAUCUUACGAGACGUAUCUCAGACAUGUUCUUGAGCCUCUCGUCAAAGAGACUCCAGAAGGCGAGAAGGCUGGUGGUAUCUCGGGUGGCGAAUGGGAAGCACUCGUGGUCAACAGCCGUGGGUGUGCAGGCUCAAAGAUCACGACCAGCAUCCUGUACAACGCUCGGGYCACCUGGGAUAUACGGCAGACAGUGAAGUGGGCGAGGAAGACCUGGCCGAACAGGCCUCUGUUCGGAAUUGGGUUCAGCCUUGGUGCUAACAUCAUAACCAACUACAUUGGCGAGGAAGGUUCUGACUGCCUUUUGUCCGCAGCUGUGGUUGUGAGUAGCCCAUGGAAGCUCGAAGUCAGCAACACCGCCCUGCAGCGCACCUGGAUUGGCCGUGAGAUCUACAGUAAGACCAUGGGCAAACACAUGCUCGCUCUGUUUGAGACGCACCACGAACAGGUCACAAAGAACAAGUUGAUCACUUGGGAGGGUAUACAUGGACUCAAAUAUCUGCAGGAUUUCGACCGUUACGUCCAGUGCAGGACCUGGGGUUAUGCUACAGAGGGGCAAUAUUAUAGAGAUGCCAGCAGUGCUGACAGCGUAUUGAACGUCCGCAUUCCCAUGCUGGUGAUCCAUGCUGCAGACGAUCCCAUCGCUUUUAACGAAGCAGUGCCGUACGAGGAGUUCAAACAGACCCCGUACGUCGUAGCUUGCACCACCAGCGGCGGCGGACACCUGGGCUGGUUCGAAUUGGGUGGUGGUAGAUGGAAUGUCAAACCGGCUGCUGGGUUCCUGAAUGCCAUGGCACGUGAUGUCGAUUUCAGUCAGGUUGAAGCGCCUGUUGAGACAAAGACUUUCCACGGGGGGCUCGAGUCGCCGUUCAAGAUAGAUCCGAUGCGGAGGAGAGCGUAUCGUCCGAGCGUUGAAACAUGA